UUCUCACUUUGCUUCUUCAGUCGGCACAUUGGGCAAUCGCGGCGACGCUGCCCACGCCGCACCAAGUUUUUUUAGUACGGGAUUGUUAGUGACGGUUUUUAGCGUUCAUCGGGUAUCGAAAUUUGGUCCGUAUUCGACUUGAGUUGAUUCGGAACACUCGCAGUUGUGAUUCACAGAUAGAUAGAUAGAUAGAAUUCUUUGGAAGUUUGUCGAGUGUCCCGGAAAGAGAAGUUUCUGGGAGUUUUGAGACGGUGGUUUAGCAUCUGUGUGUACGAAUUCGUGUUUGGCUGUAACUGAUUUAAGGGCUUCAAGUGCUAAGGUAGAAAUUAUUAAAUUGGAGAAGGAUUCUGUUUGGUUUGUCGAGUUUAGGAGCAGGAAUGGCAGUUGCCGCAGUACUGCAAGCGGCUUCUUUAGCGACUACGACGACGUGGCUAGACGCAGGUGCGUUUCGCAAGGAAGGUUUGAUUGGAGCGCAAUGCGUCCACAAGAUCGUGAGCGCUCGGGGACCGUGCGCCAUUCGAGCUUCUUUGAGCAAAGAUGAUGUAGCUGCACCAAACGCUUUCGCGAAAGUACUUCACAACUGUCCAACGUGCGUGGCUGUAGCAGCUGCACUGCUCGUGCCCUUUUCUUCGACAGCUGCUGAUGUCGACGUCGAUACGGAAAGGGUUUCAGCCAUCUCUGAACCUAGUGUUUUGAUUUCAGGUCCACCCACCAAGGACGCAAAUGCUCUGCUCCGGGAUGCCCUCCCUCUUGACAACAAACCUAUCAAGGAGGUUCAAAAAUUUCUCGAAGAUAUUACCGAGGAGAUGAAGGUACCCGAUGAGAAGGUGCUUGAACCAGUUGAACGGGAUGUGCGACAGGCCACAUUGGUUCUCAACCAGAGCAAGGAGGAAAUCCUUUCUUACAUAGCCGAGUCAAAAAGACAGGAGGGUGAUCACAUUCUCACUACUCUGAACGAGGAGCUCGAAGGUUUUCAAAAGCAGCUGGAAGAGAAGGAUUCGUCAAUUGUUUUACCGAGGCAGAAGGAGCUUCUCCGUUUGAUAGGCGAUCUGGAGGAGACCAUGAUAGCUAAAUUUCCGUAUGAGAUUCCAGAGGAGUAUGCUAAAAGGCCACUUCUUAUGGGACGAGCUACUCUCGAGAUGAAAGUCCUCGUAAAAAAUAACCCAAACGUGAAAGAUGCAGUUCUUCACAUAGUACUAGAUGGUUACAACGCCCCAGUCACUGCCGGAAACUUUGUUGAUCUUGUUGAGCGCAGAUUUUAUGAUGGCAUGGAAAUUCAACGAUCGGAUGGAUUUGUGCUCCAAACUGGAGACCCCGAUGGACCAGCUGAAGGGUUUGUGGACCCAGCUACAGGCCAAGUCCGGACUGUCCCAUUGGAGAUCAUGGUGGAGGGUCAGAAGCAGCCCAUCUAUGGUACUACUCUUGAGUUGCAGGAGCUCGGCCUACCUAAGGCGAAAAUAAAGUUGCCAUUCAAUGCAUUUGGUACAAUGGCAAUGGCACGACAGGAAUCUGACAAUAAUUCAGGAUCUAGCCAAGUAUUCUGGCUGCUGAAGGAAAGUGAAUUGACGCCCAACGGCGAUAGUAUCCAUGAUGGCCGCUACGCAGUAUUUGGUUAUGUGACCGAGAACGAAGGACUACUAGCUAAUCUCAAAGCCGGUGACGUUAUUGAAAGUAUACGUGUGCUCCAUGGCUUGGAUAAUCUGGUGAACCCAAGUUACGUAGUUCGCCUUCUGUAAUUUUAAACCCAUUUUUGCUGAGGAUUUAGAAUAAUGUAUUCGUCGACCUUCGUCUCAAAUUCAUGUGCAUCGCCUCCCGCUCGACGAAUAAAUGGACACACUGAGUACAACGAAAUGAACCGUUUCACUUUAUCAUAGAAUGUGUUCCUAUUAUCAGCGCCUUGAUAAGAAAGAUUUCCAUGAAGCUUGCAAUUGCAAGUUUGGGUCCCCACCUUCUCGCCA